GUGAAACCCUCCACCAGACAGUGAAGACCACGGACCAGGACCAGGUGGGACCAGGACCAGAUGAGUGUGUUCUGGUCUUUUCUUCAGACCUGUGCAGGAUGUUUGGAGAACGUGUCGAACACUGGAGCUGAAGGAAGCCCAGCUGGUUGAAGAAGAUCAAAGCUCAGAGGAACAGGACGGAGCCCAGCGACCCAGACCCAGACCACGCUCCAGUGGAUGACGUGGACGUGGACAGUACCAACGGCUGUCCUGCCAAACUGAGCCGGGCCUCGUCCCUUCACCCGGGCUCCGGUGCCGAGUUUAGCAAAGGAAGUUUCCGGAUCAGCGCCUCUGGACCCAACACCAGCCGCAUAGGAGCCUUCAGGUCAGACCAAAGAGGAGUUUAAGAGGAGAUAAGAGGAGAUGAGAUGAGAUAAGAUAAGAUAAGAUAAGAGGAGAUAAGAUAAGAUAAGAUAAGGUAAAGUUUCUUUGUGAUCCUUCAUCUCCAUCUGUUUGAUCAUAUUGAUCUGAAUCUGAUCAGGUUUGUGUUGUGGUUUAAUGGGAUGUUUCCUCCAGGAAACGUUGGUGUCGUCUUCCUUUUGUUUGUUUGUUUGUUUGUUUGUUUGUGUGUUUGUUUGUGUGUUUUCCGUCUCAGGCCCGUUAAAGCCUCGUGGAUGAACCGGUCGGAGGAUGACGACUCGGAGGACUCCGAGCAGGAUGUGGGCGUGGCCUCCGGCAGGUGCAGCUGGCGUCCGUUGGGCGUGCGUUCAGGAAACAGUCGAGACAAACUGAGCGCAGGAGCACGACUGGCAGACAUAGACCCCAUGGCCGUCGACCAAUCAGUGGGCUUUAACAGUAUUGGUGGUCUGUCAGGUCACAUCUCUGCGUUAAAGGAGAUGGUCGUCUUUCCUCUUCUUUAUCCUGAGGUCUUUGACAACUUUAAGAUUCAACCUCCCAGAGGUUGUCUGUUUUACGGUCCUCCGGGGACGGGCAAAACGCUGGUGGCCAGGGCGCUGUCCAACGAGUGUAGCCACGGCAACAGGAAGGUGUCCUUCUUCAUGAGGAAAGGAGCCGACUGCCUCAGCAAAUGGGUGGGAGAGUCCGAACGACAGCUGAGACUGCUGUUUGAACAGGCCUACCAGAUGCGUCCCUCCAUCAUCUUCUUCGAUGAGAUCGACGGGCUGGCGCCGGUCCGCUCCAGCCGCCAGGACCAGAUCCACAGCUCCAUCGUGUCGACGCUCCUCGCCCUCAUGGACGGGUUGGACAGCCGAGGUGAGGUGGUGGUGAUCGGAGCCACCAACCGCCUGGACUCCAUCGACCCGGCUCUGCGACGACCGGGACGCUUCGACAGGGAGUUCCUGUUCGGGCUGCCGGACCGAGAGUCUCGUAAAGAGAUCCUGAAAAUCCACACCCGACAGUGGAAACCUGCUCCGUCCGACGAUUUCCUGGACGAACUGGCCGAGAAAUGUGUCGGUUACUGUGGCGCUGACAUCAGAGCGGUGUGCACUGAGGCGGCGUUGUGCGCCCUGCGCCGCCGUUACCCUCAGAUCUACGGAACGCCUCAGAAGCUCCUGCUGGACGUCUCCUCCAUCUCCGUCAGCGGCUGCGACUUCGUGGCGGCCAUGAGGAGGACGUGUCCGUCCGCCCGCCGCUCCACCGCCUCGCCCGCCGCUCCGCUGUCCGCCGUGGUCCAACCGCUGCUGUCCGCCGCCCUGGGUGACGUCAUAGAGAGGCUGCAGAGGCUGUUCCCUCACACUGAGCAAGGCAUGAAGAGGAAGAGGGAACCAGGAAUGACCGCCGGUAUCCUUGACGACGGUCUGAUGUGCGACGCAGACGAAGGCCACGCCCCCAGCAUCUCCGCCCCCUCCAAGACCAAGAAGUUCCUGCACUUUGGCCGGAGCGCGGUCAAACAGCCCACGUCCCACCGUCCCAGAAUGCUCCUGGCCGGUCGUCCCGGUGCAGGACAGACGUCCCACCUGGCUCCGGCGGUGCUCCACGCUCUGGAGCGUUUCACCGUCCACAGUCUGGAGCUGGCCGUGCUGUUCGGAGGCAGCGGCGGUGCAUCCCCAGAGGAGGCCUGCGCUCAGGUUUUCUGCGAGGCCAGGCGAACAUUUCCCAGCAUCCUCUACCUGCCCAACAUCCACCAGUGGUGGGAGGCGGCGGGGGCGGCCCUGCGCUCCUCCUUCCUCCACCUCCUGGAGGGACUGCCCUCCUUCAGCCCCGUCCUCCUCCUGUCCACCUGCAGCGUCCACGUCCAACAGCUGGACCCAGAGGUCCAGUCUUUGUUCCGGGUCCAGUACGGGGAGGUCUACACCGUCGGAGUUCCCACCAAACAGGAGAGGACCGACUUCUUCAAGGACCUGAUUCUGAACCAGGCGGCCGAGGCUCCGCCCACCAACCACAAAACCUUGGCUCAGGAUCUGGAGGUCCUCCCCCUGGCCCCGCCCCCUCCGCCUCGUCAGCUGUCAGAGCAGGAGCGCCUCCGUCUGGAGGAGCAGGAGGAGGACAUACUGCGGGAGCUCCGCCUCUUCCUGCGAAACGUCACCGAGCGUCUGUUUCUGGACCCACGCUUCAAGGCUUUCACUGAACCUGUGGACGAAGACGAGGUGCCGGCCUACUCGGCGGUCAUCAAGAGGCCCAUGGACCUGUCCACGCUGCUCACCAACAUCGACGAGCACCGCUACGGCACCGUGGGUGACUUCAUGGCCGAUGCUGACCUCAUCUGGCAGAACGCCCUGGAGUACAGCCCCGACGGCGACGCCACGGAUCGGAACAUCCGCCACCGGGCAUGUGCACUGAAGGACACGGUCCGCGCCAUCAUCCGAGACGAGCUGGACGAGGACUUCGAGAGGAUCUGCGAGGAGGUCAAAGAGUCGCGGAUGAAGAGAGCCUUUAAGAAGAAACGCUCCAGACCUCCUCGGAAGUCCAAGUGGAGCACCGGCGUCAUCCCCAAACCCAAGAAGAAGAAGCCCGUGACCCCGCCCCCCUCCUCUUCAUCUUCCUCUGACUCGGGCGUUGCCAUUGGCUCGUCGAAGGCCGUCCUCCUGAACGGGUUCCACCUCCACCUGAACGGCCUCCGCAACGGCGUCCUCGUCAACGGCUUCCACCGUCCGCCGCCGUUAGGCCGCCACGCCGGGACUCGAACCGGCACCUCCAAGACUCCGCCCCCCCGGAUGAGGAUCCUCGACGGGGUUUGUCUGACCCGCAUAGAUCAGAACGGCAGAUUUGAGACGACAUCCAACCGGCUUCCUCCCAUCAACGGAGUUCGAAAGGCGGAGCCUUUGAAGCCGGACAAAACCCCGGUGACGGUCGACGGCAACAAACUAAAGGAGCUCCUCAACAGGGCGGUGGCUCAGACGGACGGCGCGGAGGUGGAGCCUCUGGAGAAGCUCUACGCCCUGUUGGCCCAGUGCAUCUACAGACACCGAGCAGACUACAACAAGAAUGACCUCAUCAAGGAAAUGAAGAAGGAAAUCGACGGCUUCUCCUGAUCUCAAAGUGUUGAAUCAUGUUUACUCUGAACUUUUAUGGAAACUUAUCAAAUACCUCAGCUUUCAGUCUUUGUAUUAUUUACUAUUUAUUAGUUUUACCGACAGACGAGCAACGAAUUACCGUUAAAAACCACCAGUCGUACACUGACGUUCAUCUCUGUGACGAUGGAGAAAGAACACCAUUUCCCAUAAUGCAUCAUCCGUUCAUAUGAAACACCAGGGUUUUGCUUUAGUUUAUGUUGAUCUGAAUAUAUUCAUGUUUGUCUCAUAUUUAUUUCAUGUAAUUUGCUUGUGUCGUAAAUAUUUAAAUAAAGCUUUGUCUGUUUUCUGUUCAU